AUGGCGCCAAAGCCGGCGAGUCCGAAUCCGGUAAAGAUUUUUUGCUUUGUACCGAACAUCAUCGGCUAUUUCCGCAUAGCGGCGUCCAUCGCGGCCUACCUGGUGGCACGCGACUACCCGGCUCUAUGCCUCCUGCUCUACACGGUCUCCUUUGUGUUAGACACGGUCGAUGGCAAGGUGGCUCGCGCGUUGGAUCAGUGCUCGCACUUAGGGUCCAUACUGGACAUGCUCACCGAUCGCGCCUCGACGGCUGGUUUCCUGUUGGUGCUUGACGGCGUGCUGCAGCCCAUGCCGUACCGCUACACAUGCGCUCUUGCCAUGCUUCUCUUUCUGGACGUGGGGUCGCACUUCUGCCGGAUGUACGCCUCCGUCUUUGCCUCAAAGGUCAGCCACAAGGACGUCUCGGACAGCAUCUUCUGGCUGCUGCGCGUGUACUACUCGAAACGUCACGUGAUGGGCGUCCUCUGUGUCGGGCAGGAGUUCGCAUACAUUUUUCUCUACGCCUGGGCGAGCUACGCGAGCAUCACGGAGCUGGGGAGCGUUUUCUGGUGCGCCUUCGUGGUGUGUGCCGUGCCGUGUUUCCUGAAGCAGGUGGUCAAUGUGCAACAGCUGGUGGAUAGUCUCUACCACAUUGCCUGCGUGGACGCUCAGGAGCGCUGCGCGCAAGGUAAACGCGCCUAA